UGUGAACCUCACUUUUAUCCCGUUGGAUAACGGUUCAACGCAGUUUUUAUUUAUUUUUCCCCUCGCGAUUCGCCGUAGUUGCUCUGACAGUUGAGUUAUCAUGGCUGACAAAAGCUUGAUAGAAGACGAAGAUGAAAACAUUUUGUACGACUUACUGGUUAUAAAUGAAUGGCCACCAGAAACCGACACCCAGUUAAGGGGCAACAAGGAGCAUAGCACUUCCCUUGUAGCAAAAGCUGUGACAGGACCAUUUCGACUAUUCCUUCACUAUCUGUGGUACAGCCCCUCCAGCUCCUCCCUGCCCCUUGGCCUGGUUCGUCUGGCAAACAAGCAGAUCAGCUGGCAGCUGGUUCUGUCCAGUAACGGCAAACUGCUGGCAGUGGUGCAAGACCAGUGUGUGGAAAUUAGGUCUGUGAGAGAUGACUUUGGCUCAGUCAUUGGGAAAUGUCAAGUGCCGAAGGACCCAAACCCACAGUGGAGAAGAGUGGCUUGGAGCUAUGACUGCACUUUGCUGGCCUACGCCGACAGCACAGGCACCGUCCGGCUUUUUGACCUCAUAGGCAGCGAGCUCUUUGUCAUCCCGCCGGUGGGGAGUUUUCCUGGAGAUUUCAGUUGUGCUGUCGCAGGCCUCAUCUUCUUGGAGUACACGGCGAGUGCUCAGUGGUCAGCUGAGCUUCUUGUGAUCACAUACGGUGGUGGACUCAAGAGCUAUCUAGUAAGCGUGGGAACCAAUCAGACCUUUCAGGAGAACCACACCUUCAGCUUCUCCACCCACCAGUCCCACGGCAUCACCUCCGCCGCCUACCUCCCCUCUCACCGAUUGCUGCUGAUAGGUGGCUGUGAGUCGGGAGACGAUGGUGCGUCCAAGGCCUCGCGCAGCGGCAUCACGGCCUGGAGGGCGCUCUCUAGCUCGCCACACUACAAGCAGGUCACCAGCUAUGAGGACGACGUCAGUCCGAAACAGAAGAGGGGCUUCCUCAAGAUCCCCAGCUUUGGAUUGUUCUCAAGAAGAGGAGACGAAAAGGACGGCGUGUUUCGCAUGAGUCUGAGUCCUGAUGGGAGGCUUCUGGCUGUGAUCCACUUCUCCGGUCGUUUGUCUCUUUGGGACGUCCCGUCCCUCAAGCAGAGGGUCACGUGGAGCCAGGAAGAGCAGCCUGGAUUUGAGGAGAUCAACCCAGAGUGGAGGGCAUCACUGGAGAGAAGGAAGAGAAUAAAAGAUAAGGAGCAGUAUUAUCCACUGGUGGACGUGAGCUGGUGGAGUGACAACGCACUGAUUCUGGCUCGCUGCUCCGGGUCGGUCACGGUCUCAUCUGUGAAAACGUUGCGCAACCUUCUGGGGAAGUCUUGCGAGUGGUUUGAGCCGUCACCGAGAGUCACCGUCGCACACGAUGGGGGCUUUCUCAGCCUGGAGUGUGAGGUGAAGCUCGCCCACAAGCGUGCCCGCUGGCUCAGUGACGGAGCCGGUGAGGAUGAGGAGGGGGACGAUGGCGACUCGGAUUCGGAUGAGGAGUCGUCAGCGAAGGCCCGAUACUUCGGCUACAUCAAACAGGGUCUGUAUUAUGCCACAGAAAUGGAACGCUUUGCUCCUCCUCGCAAGCACCCCCGCACCGUCACCACGAACCACCGCCUGGUCAGUCUGAGGUCCACCACACCAGAGGAGCUGUAUCAGCGGAAGAUUGACAAUGAGGAAUAUGGCGAAGCCCUGUCUCUUGCUCAGGCGUAUAAUCUGGACUCUGACCUGGUCUACCAGAGGCAGUGGCGGAAGAGUCCAGUCAGCAUCGCAUCGAUACAGGAUUAUCUGAGCAAGAUCCGCAAGCGCUCCUGGGUGUUACACGAAUGUGUGGAGCGCGUCCCGGAGAAUGUUGACGCUGCCAAAGAGCUGCUGGAGUAUGGCCUGAAGGGAACUGACCUGGAGGCCUUGAUCGCCAUCGGGCACAAUGAAGAUGGCGGCAGGUUCAUCCUGCCCGGUGAUGUGGACCUUGAUGACCUCCCAUAUGAGGACACUCUGGCAGAUGAUGAAGAGCUGGAGAUGAAGAAGGACAAGAGACGAGAGCUGCUAGCUAAGGUUGACUUUAGCAGACUCACUCUGGAGCAGAAGGAAUUGUGUCGAAGUCGACUGAAACUCCUCUUCUACCUGGAUCGGUUGGCAACAUACGAGGAGAUCCUCGGCGGUCCUCACGCAGCAGAGCAGAAAUACGAUGCAGAGUUCUUCAAGACGUUCCGAAGCCAGAGUAUCGUUCUGUCAGCAAGAAACUACGCCAGGGAGAGUAAUGUGCAGGCUCUGGAUAUUCUGUUCACGUACCACGGAGAAGAACUCCUCCAGCAUCGACUCGCCAUCCUCUACAACUUCCCAGAAACCACCUCUCCACACGAGUACUCCACCUUACUGCCAGAAGCCUGCCUGGACGAGCGAGGGGAGCUGGCGUUGAUCCCGUGGGUGGAGCAGAGACACAGAGAGAUGGACUGGUGUGAGUCAGAGCAGUGCAGGGCAGUACUGGAGCAGAACGUACUCGACGAUGAUGGCUUCUUGUACGAGGAGACUCCAGAGCGGCUGAGGUUCUGUACUUCCACGCCCUCCAUUGACCUUCUCACGGACUGGUACCAGAGCCGAGCCCAGGACAUCGACUCCUGCUCCAGACAGGUGGACUGUGCUUUGUCGCUGGUGCGUCUGGGUAAGGAGCGAGAGAUCCCAGGCCUUGAGCAGCUCUGUGAUGACUUGGUCACCAUGGAAACACUCGUGUACGAGACAUCAUGUGACCUGAAUCUGACGCUUAAGGAUCUGCGGCAGCUCAGUCACAUAGAAAAACUCGGCCUGCUCAUGAAAAAUUCCAGCCCUGAGCGCUAUGUGAAAGAUGCCUUCCAGUGGAUGGUUCCCUUCCUGCACCGCUGUGAGAGAGAGCAAGAGGGCGCUGCCAGAUCUCUGCUGGCACUGCACCUGGUGGGCCUGGCCCAGCAUGACCUCACCCUGCCGCUCCUCAUCUUCCAGCACUCCAAACCCAACUGCCAGAAGAAGAUCAUCAGGGACCCAGACCAGCUGAUGGAGGUGGCGUUGGAGUGCAUCUACAGCUGCGAGAGAGACGACCAGCUCAGCCUCUGUUACGACAUCCUGGAGUGUCUGCCGCAGAGGGGUUUCGGACCAGAGACGAGCAUCACCCCAUUGCUUCAUGACCAGGUGGACAAACUUGAAAAGCAUCUCAGUGUGGUGGAGGUUCUGGAGAAACACAGCCUUCCGAAGCCUGUUUCAUACGUGAAGAGCAGCCAGAACAGUGAAGAGGAAGCUCACCAGCUGAUGGUGAAACUGUGUCGUCACACGGGCCGCAAAAACCCUCCCGUGAGCGAGACGGUGUGGAGGGGCGUCCUGCAGGACCUGCUCGAUAUGCAGCAGAACGUUUACAGUUGUCUGAAAGCAGAAACGUGUCAUCAGGUCUUUGUGGAGUCCCUGCUGUGCUCCAGCCGGGUGGAGAACAUCCGCCUAGCGGGCCAGCUCAUGCACUGCUCCAAGCACGGCCAGGAUGUUCCUGUCAGCCUGUCUUUCCGAGGAAAAGGUUACGCUCUGAAGGUGGCUUAUGACAACAGCGUGGACCUAGUGCUGGCUGCUUCCAGGGAGUACUUCAACUCCUCCAUGGCUCUGACAGACCCCUGCAUGAACCUGGCCAGGGCAUGCCUCCAGCUGAUCACAGACGGUCCCCCGGCCAUUCAGGAGGAGCUAGACCUCAUCAGUGCCCUCAGCCAGCUGGAAGACUUCAGCGUUCGCAUCCUGCCGCUGCAAGUGCGCCUGCGAUCCGACCGCUUAUCGCUCAUCGAGGAGUGCAUCGCCCGCUGCCCCACUGCCUAUAACCAGUCCACCACCCUGCUCAGUCUGGCGUCACUCCUCCGAGUGUCAGGUGAUAACGAAGCAAAGCGAAGAGGUCAAGUAUUGACCUUGUUAGCAGAGCAAGCUCUCAAAUGUCUGGACUUCAAGGCUUCCUACAUCCACUGUCAGGACCUCAUUGCUGCAGGUUACAGUCCGGCGUGGGGCGUGUGCAGUCUGCUCGGACAGUGCGAGGGUUACGCGGACCUGGAGGCUCGGCAGAAGCUGUUAGCCUUCGCUCUCACUCACUGUCCCCCGGACAGCAUCCACGCCCUCCUGGCUGCCUCCAGCGACCUGCAGACUCAGGUGUUGUACCACGCCGUCAACUAUCAAAUGGAGCCUGUCAUCCCAGAGGCUGAACAGGAAGUGGAAAACACCGGCCUUCUAAGGACCAGCACCCCUUCCAAGGGCUCUGCUGUGGGGACAGCAGGUGACCUGCUGCACAGGACCACCGCAAAGACCAUGAAAGUGCUGUCCACCACUGGACUGACCACCAAGGCUGUGCUCUCUGCAGUCAGUGACCACCGCUGGUGGAAGGAGUCCCUCAGCUACCUCCAUCCUCUCCCAGGUCCCGGCACAGGGGCCGGCAGCCAGGAAGGGGUGUGUGGAAACUCCAACCUGGAGCUCCAAGGCUGCAGCCCCUUUUAUCAGGACCUCGUGGAGGACCCCUACGUGGACCCGACUCAAGAUGUUUAUUCGUCCUACAACGAGAUGCCGCAGGAAAACUUUGCCGAGGUCUUGUUGAGGACGGGGAAGUUGGCUGAGGCCAAAAGUGAAGGGAAGACCUUGUUUCCUGCUACAGAGGUUUUGCUGCAGCUGGCCAAUGAUGCCUUUCCCAAGGACAUGAUGCUGGCUUUGUCCUACUUACUGGCCCUGCCUCAGGUAUUAGAUGCCAACCGGUGUUUUGAGAAGCAGUGUCACUCUGCCUUGUCACUCCAGUUGGCUGCUUACUACUACUGCCUGCAGAUCUACUCCCGCCUCAUACCCUGCUUCAAGGACAAGAACCACACACUCUACCAGGCUGACCCAAAGGAGCUGAUUCGAUUGGUCACACAGCACGUGGCCUCGUAUUCCGACUGGCCGGAGGAGCUGCAGAAGUUGAUCAGCCAGUUGCACGUGUACAACGGACGUUUGACAGACUUUACCCAGGCCCAGGUGUUGCAGGGAUUGGGCCGUGGGGUGGACGUGCAGCGCUUCAGCUCCGACUCUGACUACAAGAAGGAGACUAUCCUUGGCCUAACCGAGACGCUGGAUGAUGGCGUGUACAGAAUCGCCCUGACUCUGGCAGAGCGCUACAGAGUUCCCCUGUGGGAGGUCUACAUGACCCACCUCGAGUUCCUCUUUACAGACAGCUGUCUUUCCACCAAAGACAUUGAAGCGCGGAGCAACUCCCUCAAACUGUUCGAGACACUAAGAAGCGAGCCGGAGGCCUUCUACAGCCACAUGACCAAAUACGUUCUCCCAACGAUUGAAGGAACCGAUCUGGGCCGCCUGCUGUACUACUACACUUUAAUAGAUGCUGCAGGGUGCGAGCCUUAUGUCACCACCAUCAUUAAGCCAGACUCUCACGUCAAACUGCUUAAGAAGCUUCGAGUUGUUGCCAGCGGUCUAAACUACAGAAAGCUGACUGAUGAACUCUCAGAUCCAUUAGCCACUCUUCAACCAGUUCUGACCAAUCAGAAUGUGCUGUCCAUCUCUAAGCUAGCCAAUCGGCUUCCUUUACCUGGCGGGGGCGGGGCGACGGUCUCUCCUAGUGCGGUCCACUCAGCGUGGCUGCAGAAGCUGUUCUGGAAAGGAGACCCUCAGCUGCUGAAAAGACCCCCACAGAGUGAUCAGGAGUACCUACACGCCUACGACACCUGCGCCAAAUACCUGGACAGGCUGGUUCCUGCUGACGCCAUCCGCUUCUUGGACAGCAUCACUUUUUCUCCUGAUGCAGCCGAACAUCUGAGCAUCCAAGCAAGGUUGGAGGUGAUAAAACGAGCCACCAAAGCCCUGCGCCAGCUGGGUGAGAAGAGCAAGAAGAGAGGAGGAGAGGCUUGUGGAGGGCAGGAAGGGACUGCCCCAGCAGGAGGGACUUUUGAUGAGGCUCUGGCACACCUGCUGCAGUCACAGGCCCACCUGGACACUCUGAGUCAUGAGUUCAUUCUGUCGCUCAGAGACAGCAUGCAGGAACAGCAGCAGAGAUACAGCCAACUUUACGACUUGUCACGGUCCGAAAGAUCCAAAGUUUGUGAGAUAGCUGUCACCAUGGCAACCGACGGACAACCUCUGUCGCAGAUUAAAGAGCUCCUGCACGUGGCUGUGGGACUCGUCGACCUGUCUGUCAAAAGCGUGCUGCAGGAGGCGGUGAAGAGAGUGGUGGCCGCGCUCAGUGGAGAUUCAGGUGCCCUCACAAAUGACCCACAACCCCUUGGGGUCCUAGAAGCCAUGGUGACCUCUGUGCACAACAAUGUGGAGAGUGGUGACAGCGCUGUGACAUCAGACGACCUGCUGGCUUGGUUGCGUCCGUUCUGCAGUGAUGCGUCUCUUCCCGUCCGGCCUCGCAUCGACGUGCUGCAGAUCCUGGAGAGCAACUUCAACCUGCAAGACAGCGACGUCCGUCUUCUGCUGCUCUACAGAACUCAGGCUGUCCUCAGAGACAGAGAGGUCCAGGUAGAAGAUGUGGAGGACGAGGACAAACGAUAUAGCCUUUUCCAGGAAAUGUUGGAUGCAGCACAGAAGUGGGAGGACUUUCAGUUACUCAUGCUUCUCCUGCAAGCCUGGCCACCUAUGAUGAAAGAGGAAGUGGCGACGUCGGAGCGUAACCCAUGGGUGAUGCUUGCCUCGUUGCUGCUGACCCGCUGCCAGGGGUCAGAGGUCACAUUAGACCUGGGUCAGCAGAUUGUCACCAUGGUGAGGUCGCUCUUCAACACCAAACACAAGCUUCCUGUGCAGUGCAUCCGACACACGGCACAGCUGCUUCUCCAACACCAGCCGAGCCUCCUGCAGCCCGCGCUCAAGCUGAUGUGUGAAAGCGGUGACGAGCAGCUGCUGCAGCUGACUCUGGGUCAGAUCAAUGACAUGAGUGCAGAGACCGCCUCCUCCUGCGACGCAGAGCUGCUUUCGCUGCUCCUGGAUGCGGGCCUGUUGGUGGGCAGCGUCUCCUCGACCCUGUACCCCCUGCUCAGCGCCCACAUGCUGUCCCACCAGCAGGAGGGAGGCUGGGACGUGGAGAGAGCCGCAGCAGAGCUAAUGGCAGCGGGCCACAGGCCCGAGGCGGGCUCCCUGCUGCUGGCGCACCAUGGAGCUCACCAGGCCCAGUUCACCUUCAACUCCGCUCUGGCCGUUCUGAAACGGUGGCUGUGAAGGCGGGAGGUUUACGGAGAUGACGGGGGAGGAGAUGUUUAGAUCACAGCCAGAGAAUCCUGCAGAUUGACAAGAACAGGCAGGCGUUGAUGGUAGCUGCACAUAUUUAAGCUAGCAUCCGGCUGUGCUGAAACUGUUGGUGAUAAAUUGUAAAGAGGUUUCUGACCCGUUUUUGAAUUUUGAACAUUGGUUUCGAGUCGUUGCACGAGUUUAAAAGCUGUCUGGAGCUCAGAUGAAUAGAAGUUCUUCAAAUCUAAACCUGCUAAAAGUGAGAGACUGAAUAAAUGAGAAAACAUCUGUUGAAUAAGUUGCAGCAAUAAAAUUUGCAUGGUGUGACCUGUCCUAUAACAAGUUAUUCAAGUGUACAAUUAAAACUCAUCGCAAAGAAAA